AUUGGAAGCUGAACAAAAUGUGCGCUGCAACACAAAGGGCAGCAAACAAAACACUUGGACUGGCGACCGCGCGUUUAAUCCCAACGUUUCCAGCUCCUGUCUAGAGGGCUCGAAAAAUAAACAGAAGAAGAGCUAUUUAGAGCGGCGUUGCGUGUCCACACUCACUAUCUUAACUCGUCCGCAACUUGAAUCCCGACAGGAGUUUGUAAUCCCAAUCAGACCUGCAAUAUCCGAACAAAUGCUGUAAAGUGAAUUUGGCGGGCAGAUGAAUUUUGCAUUUUUGGAUUCCGUUGCUUGAGAGGAGAAUCUCAACUGAAAUUAUUGAUGAGAUUAAAAUAGCGUAAGAUGGUGAUGGCACGUGGAGGUUGUAGGUGUAACUGUCGUACAAGAAUCUGGUGUAAGCCAAGAAGUUCAGACUGGUGGGAGCGUGUGGUUAUGAAGGACUUUCAGCCAAAUGAUUGGCUGGAAAAUUUCAGAAUGUCUAAGGAAACAUUUUUCCAUAUUUGUAAUAAGCUGAAACCCAUGAUUUCUCGUCGAAACACUCACCUACGUCCUGCACUCCCCCUGGAAAAGAGAGUUGCAGUAGCAUUUUGGCGACUUGCUACUAAUGUAGAAUAUCGAAUUAUUAGUCAUUUGUUUGGGAUAGGUCGAUCAACUGUCUGCAAAUGUGUACGAGAUGUAUGUCAUGCCAUUGUGUCUGUCUUAAAGCCUUUGUAUCUUAAGAUGCCCUCUAAUCAAGAAUUUGAAACAAUAGCUCAGAUGUUUGGUCGAAAGUGGGAAUUUCCUCAAUGUGUUGGCGCCAUUGAUAGUUGCCAUAUACCUAUCAUUGCUCCCCCACAGUACCACAAAGAUUACCUAAACAAAAAGGGAUGGCAUUCAGUUGUGUUACAAGGUGUAGUUGAUGAUGGUGGGAAUUUCUGGGAUGUGUGCACUGGAUUUUCUGGGAGUUCUCUUGAUACAAAAAUUCUGAGGAAUUCUGAUCUAUGGAGAAUGGCUACUGAAGGAAGGCUGUUCCCUGACUUCUCAAGAGAUAUUCUGAGAACGCCAGUGAAAUACCUACUGAUAGGCAGCUCUUCAUAUCCACUACAGGAGUGGCUCCUGAAGCCAUAUUCUGAAACAGCAAAACUAACACAGCAUCAACUUGUGUUUAACUACAGGUUAAGCCAAGCUCACACUGUGAUAGACGAUGCAUUUGGACGACUCAGAGCUCGUUGGCAAUGUCUUCUCAAGAGGAAUGACUGUAGCCUUGAACUUAUUCCAACAAUGAUUACUGCCUGUUGCAUUCUUCAUAACAUCUGUGAAAAGCAUAAUGAUGGCUUUAAUAAUGACUGGCUAGGUGUUCUUGAGCAGGAGGAAUUUCCUCAGCCAAACCAAAUAAUGUCAGAUAGUACAGUUGAUAGGCAAGCUGAAGAAAUUCGUCAGGUAUUGUCUACAUACUUUAUGAGUCAAGAGGAAAGCUAAAUGUUAGCUUGAGGUUUGUCAUUGUAGCAUUUAUGGACACUGUAAGAUUUUUCAGUUUGAUUUUUGUCAUUGAUUAGGAAUGCCUUGAUAUUGUGUACUGAUAUGCUGUAGCAAUAAACCAAUAAUGUUAUUUCCUUUUUUAUCGUAACCAUGGUAAAGUCCAUUGCAUUUUUUAUAGUAUUCCUGCCAUCUUUCAGUAAGUUGGUUAAACUUGGUGCUGAAGUCUGAAUAGCAGUUGUGCUCUUGAAGACUUUUGCUUGUAUAUUCAGUUCAAGGAGUUUCAGUCAAGCUCAGCUUAACAACUAUUUUCUGAUACUUGAAACUGCUUUCUACGAUUAUUUGCAAAGGCCUUCAAAUAGAAAGUUAAAAAUCAAAAGACAAUAAUGGAUUUUGGUAUGGACAAAACGGAAAAUCAGAAAUGCGUAAGUGAACUACCCAAGAAAGAUACACAAAGCACAUGGGUUUAAUACAUCAGAUUGAAAACUUUAAAAGCCAUUAUUAAAGUAUGGCAAAAAAAGCACACUAAAAACACAAUACAGAAAAGUUUGCAGAAAGGAGUGAAAAACAAAACCGUUUGCAGGAAAUAGUUUGAGGGUAGAGUGAAUUUUAUAUAAACCAUCAAAUUCUAACUCUAACAAAUGUUUUUAAUUGAAAAAGUAUUUGCUAAUUUAGUGUAUAUUCAACUAUUUACAUGCAGAUAAUUGCAUGUAAGACAGCAUUUACUGAAUUUAACAAUAAGGGGUUAGUUUCAUUGUGCUAAAACAACCCCAAGGUGAAAAUGUUAAAAAUGUAAAAGUAUGUCCUGACUCUCACAACUUGCACAAAAACACAUACACUUGAACCAAACAUGCAAAAUACAAAUUACAGAACAAAGGAGAUUAAAUUUGACUAAGUUAAAGAUCAAUAAGAAUAAAAUGAUAAGUAAGACCUCACUGGUUAUAAGUGGCUAUCUGGUCUGGCUGUAGCUUUCCAAUGACUUAGCUUCAUGGCUGGCAGUUUAAGGUUGUAACUGAUGUCUUCUCCUUCUAAAAGUGCUACUGUGGAAAGUAAAGCCUCUUUUUGAAAGUUUUAUGCCUGCCUGCAGGAAGAUAGGUGCAAUCAAACUCAGCAGACAGGGUUUAAAGCUUAAAUGGAAGGAGAGAACGGUGGCAUCAGUUCACUAUAGGAGCUGAUGCGAUGUCUGCCCAACUCCCAAAUUCAACAUCCACAAAAAAGUUGUUGUGUGACUUUUGUUGGGUUAUCACAUCUGUAGUUUAUCUUUGGACAUUCUAGUAUGCAAACAAGAUAAUUUUUUUUAAUGUCCUGUAACAAUUAAAUUUCUUACAUUUGUCCCAAUGCUGUGUUUAUAGCAAGGCAAUAAAGGCUCAAGUCUUCUGA